CUACAGGUCGACUACCUAACUUCUCACAAACAUCAUCCAAUCACAACCAACAGGUGUCGUUCUACAAAGGAUAUAAACCAUGGCAACAGCAGAAAUUUACCAGGAACCCACUUCUUCACCCUUUCCUUCAACGCCAUCACGACAUCAAAUGUCUCCAGCUACCGCGAUGUCAAGCACACCAUCAACACCAACACCAACACCAUCUAGCCGAACAUCUCAAUCAACUUACACACCGGCCCAGCUUGAAGCCCGAGCAAUCCUCACACAACUCCUCACACGCCUCUCUCAGCUCCCAGUCUCCUUUCCCGACAACGACAAAACCCGCCCUUACCACAAAUACGCCCUAUGGAUCUCUCAGCACAGCAUCUCCAUCCUCACUCAAUCAAUCUACUCACUUAUCCGUCCCCAAGUCUGGCAUCUCCUCUCCUCCCGCCUUUCUCUCGACGCUCUGAAACAUCUCGGCGGGGACCUGCGCCAAGAAGGCCGAGCCAUCUACCUCAACGGUAUCCUGGGCGUCGACAAAAGGCUGAGGAUCUACGUUGGCCAGAGUAGUAAUCUACGGGUGAGAGUGGCGCAGCAUCUCAACUUUAGGUAUAGAAGGGAUCAUCCGAGUCUGCAUUAUUACGCAUUGGAGUGGAGCAUUUAUAAUGUGUUUGGUGUACUGGCUGUGUUUCCUUCAGGUGGUUAUGGUAACGCGGUGCCGGGGAUGGACGACCCAACCCUCUUACUGAACGUGCUGGAGAUGUGGAUGUGUCUCGUCUUCCGUUCGUUACCUGAGAAUACCCUGAAAGAUUGGCUACCAGACGAUGUGCUCAUUGAUAAGAAGAGAUUGACCGCGAAAGAGGGGAUUGUGAGUGGAUUGAAUGUAGCGAGUCCGCUUGAUCAGGGUGUGGAGAUGAAAGAAAGGAAGUUCGUGGAUUUGAGUGAAGAGGACGACCCCGUUAUACAGGAUUACUUGAAGGAGGUACAAAGGAAGAGGGGCGAUGGGCUGGUUGGGGAACCUGUGAAGGAAAAGAACACGAAGGAUGUCGAAGUGGAUGAAGAGCGCGCGCUGAGGAAGAAAAUGUAUGCGGAGAAAGCACGGAGGUACCAGCGGAGGGAUACGGAUAUCGUUGUCCCGCAGUGGGUUUUCCUUGGUGCUGUGGCGAUAGGUGUGGGGAUUAUGCUACUGAGGAGUGGUGGGGGACCUCAAGCAAGAGGACGGUGGAGAUGAGAGCAAGAUCCACGUCGAUUGAGUCAUCGUAGAGAAAGGGCGCCUGAGGAAGCGACCCGCAAACUUGCGUCAGAACAAAGUGCGAUCGUCA